AUGGGAAGCCUCAAAUCUCGUCGCGCAAAGACGAGCCGUCUCGGUUCCCUCCUGGCCCUCGCCUGCUCUGCAUCUGCCCACUCAUGGAUAGAGUUCGCCUCCGUAAUCGCCCCCAACGGCACCAUGAUCGGCCUGCUUGGCUAUCCACGAGGAUACCAGCCUCGCUCUGAUGCUGGAUGGAACGAUAAAAUUCCCCAGUGGCUGCUCCCAAAGCCGGGAUCACCAGCCUACAGCGGCGAUGAAGUCAUCAACAAGUUCCCCUACGAGGACAAACCCAAGCACCCCUUGCUCGAGGCCGCCCCCGGAGACCACAUCGCCCUUGUGCACUUCGAAAACGGGCAUGUUACCCUGCCCCAGAACCAGGCGAACAAGCCAAAGAACCGCGGUACCAUCUACCUCUAUGGCACCGCCCAGCCCAAGGAAAAGGAGAAGCUGUUUGACGUCCACCUCCUCUGGAACCGGGACGGCACUGGCGGGGAUAAGAGAGGCACCCUCCUUGCAACAAGGAACUACGACGAUGGCCAGUGCUUCCAGCCCAACACUGCAGACAUCACGAACCAGCGCGUGGCCAAGUUUAAAGACAACGGCGCCACCAACUCGCAGGAGCUGCCGUGCCACUCCGACUUGAAGCUCCCCGACGACUUGAAGCCCGGCAGCGUUUACACCAUCUACUGGUACUGGGACUGGCCGACUCUGAACCCCAGCAAGAUCGACAUGGACAAGACGACGGAUGGCCUCUACCCGUGGGCCGGGUCGUUUAUGCGCGGCGACAAGGUCCCCAAUGGGUGGACCAUGGAGGCAAUUGGCCACAAUGAGAGCUACGCCAGCGUGAUUGACAUCAAGGUUGUCGAGAAACCAAAGGCAUUUGCGGGCAAGGACGCCGGAAAGGAGGCGUGGGUUCCCAAGCAGAACAUCUACUCCAUGGGUGUCCAGGAUCAGAUGGCCAACAACUUCCAGGUCGAUGUUGGUGGUGGUGCUGCUGCUGCCACGAACAGCGGCACGGGCUCUGCGCCCGCCUCUGCGCCGGCGCCGGCGCCGGCUCCCGCCUCCACAUCCGCCCCGGCUGCUGCGGGCUCCGCCAAGACCGACGGCGUCGCAACCGUCACGGAAGUCAUCACCGUGCCCCCUACAACGCUCGUCACGACCGUCUUCAGGACCGUCUGCGACAGCGACCACAAAAUGGUUCGCCGGUCCGAACCCGCUCCGCCGCAACCCGCGACCCACCUGACCGCCGGAGCCUGUUUCUUCGUCACUGCCGACCCGGUCUCCGGGACUGGUGCUUUGCCGACGGGCACUUUUUCUGCUGCUAAGCCAGUGUCCACGGCGGCCUACGACCGGCGCUGGGUCGGACGGUUCCGAGCGUAA